CAGCUUUGUAACAGGUUCCUACGCACGAACACACCCAGCCCUGAUCACACCUUGGGUGCUGUCACUCCCCAACCCUCAAAUUACUGCAAUCAAGGGAAGGAAAAGACAACUCAGUCCCGGUAUAAAACCUUCCUGUGGUGCCCCGUCCCACACCUUUGGGGCUCUGAGGGCUCUCCUUCAACCAUGAAGGCUUUUCUGGUUGCCCUGCUGGCGGCCGUCCUGUGUGCCCAGCAAGCUUCCUCCCUGUUUUGCUACACAUGUGACAACGAGCAUUCCAACUGGAACUGCCUUAAAACCUACAAGUGUGAAGACCAUGAGAAGUACUGCACGACCACAUACAGCACUGCUGGGCUUGGCAAGGACGCGGGGCACCGGAUCACCAAGAAGUGCUCCGUGGACUGUCCCGAGACAAACGUGAACUUCGGGGUGGCAGCUUUUUCCACCAAGUGCUGCAGCACCUCCCUGUGCAACUUCAGCGGCGCCAACAGCAUCCGAACCUCCUACGCCGUGAUGCUCCUGGGAAUCGCCGCCAGUCUGGGCUGGGUCAUCAGGGCAGGAUUGUGAGGAGGGGUGGGAGGAGAUGGGACAACCCAAGAACCCACAAGGUAUCCCCCGAGUGAGAAACCAGGCUCCUCUGUCAAGUGGUUCCAACAGGGGCUGUGCUGCCCUGUUCUUAUCCCAGACAGAUCCCAUUCCCGACGUGGCAGUGCAGCUCCCGGUUUCCCCCUCCUCGUUUUAUACUAAUUUUCCCUGGAAAAGCUCUUUU